GUCCGGCUCAGUUUUUAAUUCAGUGUCUAAAUCUCAGCCUCGGCGGCGCUUUCUGGGUCCCGCGGCUCCCCGGCUCCGCGCACCCCGACUGAUCUCCACCGCUUCGCCCAGCAUGGACCCCCUGCCAGAAAAAGUGAGCCCGGACGCGCGUGCCUGAGGGAUUGUGCACAAAAGAGGUGCCCAAAAUGAAGACCCUGAUGCGCCAUGGUCUGGCAGUGUGUUUAGCGCUCACCACCAUGUGCACCAGCUUGUUGCUUGUAUACAGCAGCCUCGGCGGCCAAAAGGAGCGGCCGCAGCAGCAGCAGCGGCAGCAGCAACAGCAACAGCAGCAGCAGCAGCAACAGCAGCAGCAACAGCAGCAACAGCAAAGGCAGCAGCAGCAGCAGCAAAGGCAGCAGACCGCGGCGACAGGCAAUGCACAGCCCUCGAUGGAGAGCAGCCCGCAGUCGCGCCCCGGGUCACCCCCUGCACCGCGGCCGCUGGAAGGAUACCUGGGCGUAGCGGACCACAAGCCCUUGAAGAUGCACUGCAGGGACUGUGCCCUGGUGACCAGCUCGGGACAUUUGCUGCGCAGCCGCCAAGGCCCCCAUAUUGACCAGACCGAGUGUGUGAUCCGCAUGAAUGACGCCCCCACUCGCGGUUUUGGCCGGGACGUGGGCAAUCGCACCAGCCUGCGGGUGAUUGCACAUUCCAGCAUCCAGAGGAUCCUCCGCAACCGCCAGGACCUGCUCAACGUGAGCCAGGGCACGGUGUUCAUCUUCUGGGGUCCCAGCAGCUACAUGCGGCGCGAUGGCAAGGGCCAGGUCUACAAUAACUUGCAGCUCCUGAGCCAAGUGUUGCCCCGGCUCAAGGCCUUCAUGAUCACGCGCCACAAAAUGCUGCAGUUUGAUGAGCUCUUCAAGCGUGAGACGGGUAAAGACAGGAAGAUCUCUAACACUUGGCUCAGUACUGGUUGGUUCACAAUGACAAUUGCACUGGAGCUCUGUGACAGAAUCAAUGUUUAUGGCAUGGUGCCUCCGGACUUCUGCAGGGAUCCCAAUCAUCCUUCAGUCCCUUACCACUACUAUGAACCUUAUGGAACCGAUGAAUGUACAAUGUACCUCUCCCAUGAGCGAGGAAGGAAGGGCAGUCAUCACCGUUUUAUCACAGAGAAACGUGUCUUUAAAAACUGGGCACGGACAUUUAAUAUCCACUUUUUUCAACCUGACUGGAAACCAGAAUCAGUUGCUAUAAGUCAUCCUGAGAAUAAACCUAUAUUCUGAGUGUACCAGUCCAAAAUCUCAAGUACUCACUAUUUCAGACACCAGGGCACUAAUCUUUCUGAGCCACCAUAAACAAAAGAACAGAACUGGGAGCAGGAAUUUAUCAAGAAAUGCCAGGAACAGAUGCCUAUGAAGCAUGACUGCAAAACAAUGAAGAUGACAUUUAAGAAAAACUUUUCAAAUUAAUACUUCCUAAUGAGUGUUGUCUCUUUCCAAGGAGAUUAUUUGAAGAGACUCACACUCUUUUCAGUGAUGCUGCCAUCACAAUGAACUUUUUGGAUCUAUUUAAGCAUUGCCUUCAAAAUUGAAACGUGAGCAACUCAAUAUUGGUUGCAUUCCUUUAUAGAAUUACUGUAUCAAAAGACAAUUUUUUUAUCAAGCUGUAUCCUAACCUAAGCUAUAACCAUUGUCGUUUGUUGGAUUCUGUGUGUGUGAUUUGUAUAAAGCUGCCUAAAACUAUGGACCUGAUUUCUGAAGAGCACAUCACCGCUGACUUUCAUAAAACAAAUGCCCACUAUUUAUGUAGUGAAACUUUUUUAGUGUACUCUAGGCCAGUAUUUUUAUAGAUUAUGUUUAUGUGGAAAUUUAUCUUUCUAACUCUUUAAUCCUGAAGUGUGGUUGGAAAAGACCUAGA